AUGCUCCCGCUUCUGAAGCUGAGGGCGGCGAAGCCUCGUGUGCUCUUGGCGGCCAUGUCUAGGUACAACAACAAGCAGGACGGACCUUUCCUCGGGUACUUGCCGGAAAAAAACGCGGGAGUCUAG